GAUUUUUUCUCUGGGAAAUGGGUUUAUGACAAUGAGUCGUAUCCACUUUACAAAGAUAGAGAUUGUGCUUUCAUGUUUGAUGAUUUGGCUUGUGAGAAAUAUGGUCGGCCUGACCUAAGAUGGCAGCAUUGGAGGUGGCAGCCCAACGAAUGUGAUCUUCCUAGGUUUGAUGCAAAGGCGUUUUUGGAAAAAUUGAGGAACAAAAGGCUUAUGUUUGUGGGAGAUUCGGUUAAUAGAAAUCAAUGGGUUUCGAUGAUGUGUCUUGUGGAAUCGGUUAUUCCUCGUCCAUUCAAGAUCAUGAAAAUGAAAGACCCUUUGUACAGCUUCAAGGCAACGGAAUACAAUGCCUCAAUCGAUUUUUAUUGGAAUCCUUUCUUGGUUGAAUCGAACAACGAUAACUCCUCAAGUCAUCGAUUGGCUGAUCGUAUGAUUAAACCCGAAGCCAUUGAAAAGCACGGAACUGCAUGGAAUGAUGCCGACUUUCUUGUCUUUAAUUCAUACCUUUGGUGGAGAGUUCCCACCCUAAAGAUAUUGCGGGAAUCAGGAAAUUUUGAAGACCCAAAUGAAGAAAUUAAACGGGUCAAGAGCUUGCAAGCCUACAAGAUGGUUUUAAAGAAAUGGUCAAAUUGGUUAAAGACAAAUGUAAAUCAGACCAAAACCCGGAUGUUCUUCAUGGGCCUACCCGCUACCCAUGAAUGGUCAAUUGACUGGGGGAAUAACAAAAACCGAAAGUGCUUGGAUGAAACCGAACCAAUUUCGGAUACUAAAUAUUGGGGGAGAAAUUCAAACCCUAAAUUUCUUAAAGCAAUCGAGUCUUCAAUUUUCAAACUAAAGAAUGUGGGGUUCGACAUUCAAUUAAUUAACAUAACUCAACUAUCUGAGUAUCGAAAAGACGGUCACCCAACCAUUUAUCGAAAAUUGUGGCAACCAUUGACGAAAGAGCAAUUGUCUAACCCUAGAAACUAUGCGGAUUGCACCCAUUGGUGCCUUCCUGGAGUACCUGAUGUGUGGAAUGAGAUCAUUCUUGCCCAUAUUCUCCAAUAA